AUGCUUAAACUUCGCCAAUUGCAGAAACAGAAACAACAAGAAAAGCAACAAGAAACCAUAAGUUCGGAAUCUAAAGUUCAAUCAUCUCAGAUAAGACUUCAAAAAGAUAUCACCGAACUUGAUUUACCACCUAGCAUAAAACUUCAAUUUCCUAAUGAAGGUGACAUUUCGAAUUUUAUUAUCACAAUUCAACCAAGAGAAGGUUAUUAUAAGAACGGAAAAUUCAGAUUUUCAGUGGGAGUGACCGAUAAUUUUCCUAUGGAACCUCCAAAGAUUAAAUGUUUACAAAAGAUUUAUCAUCCGAAUAUUGAUUUAGAGGGAAAUAUUUGUUUAAAUAUCUUAAGAGAAGACUGGAGCCCAGUGUUAAAUUUGAAUCUGGUCAUAAUUGGUUUAAAUUUCUUGUUAUUGGAACCAAAUUCGAACGAUCCUUUGAACAAACAAGCUGCUAACGUUUUGAGUAAGAAUAAAAAUCUUUUUGCCAGUAAUGUGAAAUCUUCAAUGAGAGGUGGUUACGUGGAUGAUGAAUAUUAUGACCAUAUUAUGUAA